GAGGCGGUCCUUGCAGCUCCGCCCAGGGGCGUGGCCACGCGCUGCCCCCGGUGCAGUGGGGCGGGUCCUGCGAGACUGCUGGAGCCGCACCCUGGCAGUGCUGCGCAGCUCCAGUUUGCACCAGGAGCGUGAAGGUGAUCCAGAGCCACGAUGACUGUCCUCUCUAAGGAAUACGGGUUCGUGCUACUCACUGGCGCUGCCAGCUUUGUCAUGGUGCUCCACCUAGCCCUCAACGUGAACAAAGCCCGCAAGAAGUACAAGGUGGAGUACCCGGCCAUGUACAGCACAGAUCCUGAGAACGGGCAUAUCUUCAACUGCAUCCAGCGAGCCCACCAGAACACGUUGGAAAUGUAUCCUCCCUUCCUAUUUUUCCUAACCGUGGGAGGUGUCUACCACCCGCGCAUAGCUUCUGGCCUGGGCCUGGCCUGGAUUGUUGGGCGAGUUCUCUACGCUUAUGGCUACUACACAGGAGAUCCUAGCAAGCGGUCUCGAGGAUCCGUGGGGUCUAUUGCCCUCCUUGCCUUGAUGGGCACAACUGUGUGCUCUGCUUUCCAGCAUCUCGGCUGGGUUAGGCCUGGCUUGGGCAAGGGGCCCAAAUCCUGCCACUGAGGAAUGGUAGGCCUUUCAAGUCUCAUUCACUUUGAAUGACUUUAUUUCCAGUUCCACUGUUGUUUUUUUUUAAUAUAAUAAAAACUUACCUGGCAUCAGCCUCAUAACUAAA